UAAACCUAAGCUGGUUUGGUGCAAAACCAAAAGAACAAGAGAGAGCUCAGCACACCGAUCAUGAGGUUUCUGGAUGGCAGAAGAGUAUUCAACCUUCUUUUCCUUGAAUUUUCUAUUCUGCCGUUAUUUUCCACCCAUUUCUGCUUCAUUUUGUCAUUUACUGAUUUAAAAAAGGAAGUGGAAUGAAAUAAAAUUCCCGGAUAUGGUAAUUAUACAAUAUUGGUUAUAAUGUGAACAACAUCACCCACCAAGUUAUCUCCCAAAGUUACACUAAUCUCAUUUCUAGUUGUAUCAAGACUUUGCAAGAUAAUAUUUUUUUCAUAUCUCAAGAAAUAAUGCCUUAAAGAAUUUCCAAACUGAGUUCUGAGCAACAUUAUCUACAAGGAAUUACAAUCAUCUGUACCUGAAUUCAUUAACAACACCAAACCUCUGCAAAAUGUUGACAAGCUAUGAAUACACUUCAGUGCUCAUUUUCCUUCUUAUACUCUUGGUGGUAUGUGGGAUUGGGUGUGUUUGGCACUGGAAACAUCGCCCCACACGGUUUAUCUCACCAAAGCUUUUUCAAAGGAGGAACAGCAAGAGAAAAGACUAUCAGAAAACACCCUGCUUGGGUCCACGCAUUAUUGGCUUGAAACCUAAAGACUCCGGUGAAACCAAAAACCACAGAUCUACUGACAAGGAAAGAAGGAUACAAGGCCACUAUGAAAAUAUGACAUCAUGUCCUUCCAAAGCUAAGGAAGAAAGUGACAAGGAACUAUAUGAAAAUGCUCAGUCAUCCCAUUUUGAGGAGCACAUCUAUAACAACGAGACAUCCUCUGAGUAUUACAACUUUGAGAUGCCUGGUACAUCCAAAAUUCAAGACGAAGAUAUAUACAUUCUUCCAGACUUUCCAUAACUUUUCAAAAUACUGAGUUCUUUGUUGAAGGAGAAAUAUUUAUUGGGAACUUUAAAGUACUGAUGUCAUCAAUGAUCAAGAUUUUCUGAUAAAACUGAGUGUUCUCUCCAUCUUUAAUCCUUUUCGUGUGUAAUACUGUAGGGUAAUUUCAGAUAUCUAUCCUGUUUGCCUUGUAUUAAAUCUGUACUAUGUUAUAUUGAUGCUUCCCUCUAAAUACUAACUCUUACGUCUCCUUUAUUUCUAUCUCCACCAUCUUUUUCUGGCUCAGGAAUUUUGUUAGUCUCUUAGUAAAUUUCCUGCCUCUAAUUUAAACCCACUUGAUCAAAGUGGCUAAAGAUGCUGCCAGAUUUAUCUUUAGAAAGUAAUUCCAAUGGUCACAGUACUCCUUUUCUGAAAACUUUUGAAUAUGCUUCUUUAAAAAGACAUUAUAGCUCAUAGUUCUAACCUCCACAAUUCAUAAUUUGUCACAGUUGACUACAAUUUACUUUUCUAAUGACUUCUGCCACUAAUCCCUCUUUCAUCAGAAUCAUCCCCAAAUCUGCCAAACCCAGCUCUCCUCCAGAGCUUUGCUUUUCUGUUCUUUUAAGUCUGCCUAAGAUCACAAUUUUUCCAUGAGUGUUCUGAAUCAUUCCAAAUCUACAUUUACUCUUCAUUUUCUGAUAUACCAUGUUCAACUACUUGGACAUUUAAACAUGUGGAUGUUCACUGUGCAUUUUAUUACUUAAUGUCAUAUGAUAACAUUUUAAAGUGCUAGCUAAAUAGAAAGGGUCUGCCUCCCACUUGCAUUUUUAGCUUCAUAUCAGGCACCAAAUAUUUGUCCAAUUGGAAAGAAUUUAUUUGUGCAUUUUGCUAGUGUUGAAGAAUAUCAAAUAAGUUCUUUCAUUUUUGCAUAGAAUAUUUAUUGAGCAAUUUUCGGCUACUGGUUGUGCUGUGCACAUAGGGGUGGGGAAGAAAGAUUGUCGCAAAAGUAUAAAAAGAGGUAUGAAUCUGAACACUAGGUCUAGUAGGAAAGAGAAGACAAUAAACAAAUAAACAUAAGUAAGCAAUUUUGUGUUCAUUAUGAAGCCAUCAUCUCAUCACUAAACCAACCAUUUAAUGUACUGCUCUGAAUUGCCCAGGCUGGAGCUUUAUAAACUGCCUUUAUCUUUUGCCAAGUGGAUUCAUAUUAGAGAAAGAUUGAAAAGCAAUAGAAAGCAAGACAGACUUGCUGCUGCUCCUGCUGCUUGUUAUCCCUGGCACGUACAACUGAAUGUGAUCAAUUCCAGCAAGCAUCGCCAAUCCUUUGCAGUUUCUAAUUGUUUAGUGCCCCAGAACCAGUCUUACUGUUCUCCACCACCAGUCUGUCAGCACUGUCCCUUAGACCUAGGCCCUCCCCAAGCUGCCAAGGCACUUUUUCCAAGAAUCUGAUAGCCCCCAACUUUAGGAAGAUAACUACUUCCUUGCUGACUAUCUUUAUGGUACCUCAAGGUUCUCUCUCUCUCUCUCUCUCUCUCUCUCUCUCUCUCUCUCUCUCUCUCUGUCUCUUUUUGUCAUUCUGUUUGCAUGCAUUUAGGUAAUUCUUUAAAUUCUGUCUAUUAAAACCAACUGGUAAAAUUUCUCUUUCCCAGAUGACCCCUGAAUGAUAAGGGUAUAUCAGUAAAAAUUUUUGAAAAGAAAAAAUGCUUCUAUUUUGAGUAAUGGAGUGAGGAGGAAAGAGAAUUUUAAUUUUAAUGAAAUGGUCAUAGUAGGCUUCUCUGAGGACAUACUUAAACUGAGACUUAGAAUGAAAAGAAGCUAGUCAACAUAUCUGUGAUAAGCAGAGAGGUAGGUAUGAGACCAGCAUAUAAUAGAACCUGAGAUAUGGGAGGAUGUGUGGUACUCUGGGAGCUUAAAGAAAGCCAUUGUGGCUGGAACUUUCUGAGUGGAGAUUAAAGUGACACCUGGUGGAUUGGUGAAGGAAGAAACAGUAGCUCACAGAACUUCUCUUAAAUCUUGAUAUGAAGUGUCAAAAGAUGAAAUUUCAAUAAAAUUGGUGUGAAAGAUUUAACUGGCUUUUAUUUGUAACUUAUGAACCUGCAGCAUCCUGUCUAGAGAUUUAGACAAAGGCUCCAUGGGCAGAGACAAACAGUCAGUUUAUUUAAAGUAUCUUGAGCAAGAAAGGGAAGCAGCGUAAUACAAAAAAAAAAAAAAGACUAUUUCUUCAUGUGAGGCUUUUUCAGGUUACCUGUUUGUAAGGAUUAAAGCAGGAGGCAUUUUCUUAUCACAUUGGUUAACACUGACCCCUUAGGGGAUUUGGCUAUCAUCUCUCACCUCACUUUUCAGAAUGCCAAAUGAAUAACUUAUUUUCUCCUGGGUGACAUAAAACUUUGCUUUAUGUGACUGCAUUUUGGCUAGGUUGACUGGGGCCUUGCACAGGGGAUUAGUCAGAAUCUAUAAAUUUUAGUUAACAACAGAUAGGAUGAGUGUUUUCUCUGUAUUUAUUCUCUUUGACCAGAAAAUAUACUAAAACUGUGUAAAAGAAAACAUUUUGUUUAGUUUAUAACGUUGAUUUCCUUCUCCAAAUUAAUUGUAAGUCCUUUAUCACUUGGAAACCUCUCUUUCCUAAUCUUCUUCACCGUUCUUGAAGUGGAGGCUGAACAAUAAAAGAAACUUGUUUAGCGUUUUCUUUUUAUCACAUA